AAAGACCUAUAAAUACUAUUGAAAUUAUCAUCAUCACACAUAUAUAAUUAAAUUAUCAUCACUUAUAUCCCACAAAAAUGGAGAAAAGCAAUAAGGGAGUGAAGCUAGUUGGUUUUUGGGUUAGCCCAUUUGUGCAGAGGGUGAAAUGGGGCAUGAAGCUAAAGGGCAUUGAGUAUGACUACAUUGAAGAAGAUAUAUUCAACAAGAGCCCUCUUCUCUCUCAACUCAACCCUCUCACCGGAAAAGUUCCCGUUCUUGUCCACGAUGGAAAUCCGUUGCCGGAAUCCGCCAUCAUCCUCGAGUACUUGGACGAGAGGUGGCCCCACGCCCCGUUGUUGCCGCUAGAUCCUUACGAGAGAGCCCAAGCUCGGUUUUGGGCUAGAUUUGUAGAAGAAAAGAUUCUUGAAUCAACAAGGCUUGCCGCCCUUCGCUCGGAGGGUGAAAUUCAGGAGAGAGAAGUGAAACUCGCCAUCGAACAUCUCGAAAAGAUGGAAGAAAAACUCGGGGGAAAAAGCCGUUUUUUCUUUGGGGACGACACAAUUGGAUACGUGGAUCUCAUGAUGGGAUUCGUCGCUUACAUACUGCCGGUUUGGGAGGAAAUAACCGCCGUCAGAAUUCUAGACGCGGCGAGAUUUCCGAAUCUUGCCGCGUGGAAGAAUAAUUUCCUCAAUCAUCCGGUGAUCAAGGAUGAUUUGCCCUCCAAAGAUGAGAUGCUGACUUAUUUUCAGUGGCGACGUAAGGUUAAUUUAAAGAAGAUCUAGAGCUAUAUAUAUGUUGCAUAAUGAGUGAUCAAUUAGUUCUUGUUUGUCAAGGUUUUUGUAAGAUUGUGUGGUUCGAAUAAAAACUUCUUAUUGUUAAAAGAUUUUUUUUUUUGAAACAAUUCUUAUUGUUAAAAGAUUAUUGCACUAUAUUGUAAAUUAACUGUGUGAAUCUAUAAGUAAUUUGCGAUA